CUUUAAUGUGUAAAACUGGUUGAGUGACCUUUUAUGUACAGUUCUCGAGUAAACACACUUAGUUACAUCCCCUCACUGGUGGCAUGUGGACUAUUAAAUUGAGACAAGCCUAAAAAAAAACAAAAAAAAAAACUGUGAAACUUUCCCCUCAUGGUGUCGUCUCCAUCAGAUGAGGACGUCCUCGACAGAAGGAGUCAGUCUAUGAUAUCUCCCCUCCUGCAGUUCAACCGGGACGUGGGGUUUAUUUUUGCCCGGAUGGAUGCCAUCAGAUCGCUCAGGCGCGUCAGGCGGCCGCUCCGUUGCUUGAAAGUCAAUCUCCGUUAAACAAAGCAGCAGCAUCCUCGCUCCUCUCUCUCUCUCUCUCUCUCCUCCUUCCCCACUUUGAUUGGCUGCAUCCCUCCCCGGCAGGCGGCCUCUGAUUGGACGGCUCCUCUCCUCCGGCUGGGGGCUGCCGCCUCCCUCUCCACGAGACGGCGAGCAGCAGAGGAGGAACCCGCGCGGCGUGGAGCGGACGGAGCCCGGCGUCCAGGACAAGUUGUAGCGACGGGACGCGGACGACAGCACCGGCACGCGUCUUGUCUUGUUCUACUGGGGAGAAGAAAGCAGAACAAUGUGAACGGACUCGCCCACAACAAAACCACUUCCUCUUCGGUGCAUUCCAGGCUUGAUUUGGAUGGCGAUGUCGUGUCCUGAUAGGAAAGAGGUCCAUAUUAUCUGCUCAUUUUAAGGAAAAAAUAAUGGGACUGGGCCACGCUGUUGUGUGUUCUGCUGAGAUGCACACCACGUCCUCUCUGACAUGGUGUGAAGAGACGGAGCCCAUAUUGCCUUGGACGAGAGCCAGCUGUGUCAGAUGCUGUCACAGAGAGCUGAAGGCAUCCUGCGAGCUGCGAUGGGACACAGUAAGGCCGUAGACAUGAUAAGAACUCUCUGCUGCGCUCCGUUUCAACCACGACACCAACAGUAGGCAGCGGAGGCAUCCAUUAUCUGAAAUUAAUGUCAGCUGCGUUGCGGAGGCAGCCUCAAGCUGCGCCGCCAGAUCUGAGACAACUCAUGGAGGCGUGGCCUCAACAUUUCCAAUGCUGCUGCCACUGGUAACGACAGCCAAGUGACCAGCGAUGCCUUCUAAGGUCUCCUGCUUAUACUUGCUGACAGUGGUUUGCUGGGCCAGCGCUCUGUGGUACCUGAGUGUGUCCCGCCCCUCCACUUCCUACGUGGGCCAGCUGAACAUCCCCAUACGCAAAGCACCCAAGGUGAACAAGAACUCCACCUUCAGUAACAUCCGCACGCGCUCGCUCAACCCGCACGACUUUGGCUACCUCAUCAAUGAGGACAAGAAGUGCGAGGCGGAGCCUCCCUUCCUCGUCAUCCUCAUCAGCACCACCCACAAGGAAUUUGACGCCCGUCAGGCCAUCAGAGAGACAUGGGGUGACGAGAGCACGUUUCCAGAUGUGCGUGUUGUCACGCUCUUCCUGUUGGGCCGCAGCACCGACUCUGUCCUGAACCAGAUGGUGGAGCAGGAGAGUCAGAUCUUCCAUGACAUUGUAGUGGAGGAUUUUAUCGACUCUUACCACAACCUGACGCUCAAGACGCUGAUGGGCAUGCGCUGGGUGGCCACAUUUUGUGCAAAGGCUCAAUAUGUCCUCAAGACGGACAGUGACAUCUUUGUCAACAUGGAGAACCUCAUCUACAACCUCCUGAAGCCCACCACCAAGCCCAGGAGGAGGUACUUCACCGGCUACGUCAUCAACGGUGGGCCAAUCAGAGACAUGCGCAGCAAGUGGUACAUGCCCAGGGAUCUGUACCCAGAGAGCAAGUACCCGCCCUUCUGCUCCGGCACCGGAUACAUCUUCUCAGCCGACGUGGCCGAGCUCAUAUACAAGACCUCCUUACACACCAGGCUGCUGCACCUGGAGGACGUGUACGUCGGCGUGUGCCUGCGGAAGCUGGGCAUCCACCCGUUCCAGAACAGCGGCUUCAACCACUGGAAGAUGGCGUACAGCCUUUGUCGCUACCGCCGGGUCGUCACCGUGCACCAGAUCUCCCCCGAGGAGAUGCACCGCAUCUGGAACGACAUGACCAGCAAGAAACACCUGAAAUGUUAGCAGGACUAUCGGAGAGAGUCAGAGAGGAAGUGAAUGUCCUCCUGACGCCUGCUUCGCCAUCAGUGGCCAAUACUGUACAGCACGUAGCACCGAGAUGAAGGAACGUAUCAACGAAGCAUCGAGGACUGAUCGCUUUGCCAGGAGUAUCGAUAGUGCAAGGCCAAAGCAGACUCUUCUGUCUUCAGCAUCCGGUUUAUGAGAGCUCCUCAGCUCAGACUCACAAAAUUGGCACGUUGGAGAAGUGUUUCCCAAAAAUGUGCAAAAUGUUCAGCCUGUUGGUUGUCAUCGCCAGCAGCACUAUGCUUUUUAUAGGAAAAUACAAGACAGGAAGUUAGGAGGCUCAUUUAUACAAGACACAAACUGUCCCCAAUUACUCAACUGCAGAUUACAUAAAUGCCAACACACUUCUUUGAACCCAGACGUUCGCCUCUUGGGUUGAUCACAAGCUCUAAUUAUGAAUGUUCCUCAUGUAUUUUCAGUUGUUGUACUCUCUGAACAAGGUGUUAAUGUUGGAUGUAGUGUCUGGCACCGCGGCAGCUGUCGUCAUCGUGAGGACCAUGGUGGGUUUACAGUGUAAUGACUCAUUUAAAUAGACCGGAACAUCAUCGCAGGAAAGAUUUAGUACAGAGUAUUAAUGAGCGGACGUGUUAUUUUCUUUUCAGAAGCAUAUUUUCUUACAAUAGCUCCACAGGUCUUUGUAUCGUGCAAUGAUAAAACAUUUCUUCAUGAAGUAUCGGGGCGAGUGUGAAGAUAUCAGCUGCUUGCAUUCCCAAGUGAAUGUUACUUCUGUUAAUGUGUAAUGUGCAGUUAUUUGUGCAGCGCUGCGAGCAGGCUGCAGACUAUUAUAUUUUCUAUUACUUGAACACGGAGGAGAACAGAUGUACUGUAAGAGCCGGACAAAUAUUACAUUUUUGAGUGCUUUUCUUCUUUUCAUUUACUUGAGAUUAAAUAAAGCGCUUUUAUAAGA